ACAAAUGGUUAAGUUAUAUGCCUCUGUAUAAUCCUUAUCGUUUGCUGUAGCAACACAUCUUUGUUGGUUUUCAGAACAUUUAUUUUUUGCCAUUUAGGAUGGGGUCGUUGAAGCGUAAAAGAGUAGAAGCACUACCUGUUCCAACAUUCAGUGACGUACAUCCUAGGGGCAGUUGGAGUCUAGGUGUUCGAGUAUACCAUAAGUACCAUGUUGAGAGAUUUGCUCCUAGCAGGAAGAGGCUCAACUUGGUUCUAUUGGAUGAGCAGGUCAUGGUCUUGUAUAUAUUUUGAGCUUUGAUAUGUUACAGUGCAAUGAUUUCUGUAUGGCAUUUGACUUUAUCUAUUAUAAAUAGGGCACAAAGAUGGUAGCUAUCAUUUAUGAUGACCAAGUGGAUCGUUUAGAUCCCCUACUUCGAGAGGGUUCCGCAUAUUAUGUGUCGAGGAUGUCCAUAGAGCCAGCUAGGAUGAUUUUGUAUCAGUGGCUUGCAGACCAUGCUUUUGUGUGUGUUUUCACACGUGAUACUACUAUUACUGAGAUAGCAAACAUGCAUGAGAAGAUAUUACCAUUACUCCCUCCGCUUAUGCCACUUGAUCAAGUUUUCGAGUUUACUUACCAUAAUGACAUUUAUGUUGAUGUUAUUGGAAUGGUCAUCUUUGUAAGCUCUAUAGGCUUUGUGGAAGGCUACAAGAAGAGGAUCCCAUAUAGGAAUAUUCUUAUAAUUGAUGGCAGUUUCAAACCUGUGAUGUUAGUUAUUAAGGAUAAAAUGCUUACCGACCAUUUAACUAAAUGGGCGAGAUGCUCUAAUGAGCAACCUAUCAUUGUAGCAACAAUGCUUAGAGCAAAGCGUGAAGAAGACCAUAGCCUGCACACUACAUGCUUCAGUAGGGUGCAGUUUGAUCCUAAUGUUGCAGUUGCACGUGAAUUAAGGAAGAGCCUCAGUAUGGAGCUUACUGGGAAGUCUUCUCCAUGA